GGUAAUUCUGGAGCGGUGCUGCGUUGUGGAGUUGAGGAGGAAAGCAGAUGUUUCACUAGUCCUCAAGUUYCAGAGCGGAGAACCUGAUCUGUACCUAGAAGCCUCAUCCAAGCCGGACUGCGAAUCUUGGGCUGUGGCCCUCGGAGAGGCAAACUCAGAAGGUUUGCGGAAUAAAAUUCAGCAGCUCCGGAGGCUAAUCAUGGAAAUCAAAGAGGAGAGAGCAUCAGAGGAAGCGCGCCAGUUUGUCCCUUCAUCUCAGGYGGACAGUCUAGGAGAGCCCCAGUUCACAAGUAUUCAGAAAAUUGCAAAUGAACCAAAGCUGGAGUUCAGUCUUGCAUGCAAGGAUCUAGUGGCUGCUACGCGUGAUCGGAAGCUGAAUACGUUUGUACAAGUCUCAGUGGUGCAUCCCGCCGAGCACGUUCUGACGAGGUAUUCRAGCACUGAAAUCGUGGAGGGAACGAGGGACCCGCUCUUCCUGACUGGUGUGACCUUCCCACCCGAAUACCCCAUCUGUGAGGAGACGAAAAUCAAACUAGCCGUCUACGAUGUCAAAGAUAAAUCUCAAGACACGGUCCGCACCAGUGUCCUGCCCGAUCACAAGGAGCAGAGAGCAGAUGUUGGGAGAAGCUUCCUGGGAUGUGCAACUUUUAGAGUAGGGGACUUGGUAAAGUCAAAGGAGCAACAGUUGACCCUUACCUUGAGGACUUCUGAUGGUGGAAAGACAGUUGGUACCAUUGAAGUCAAUCUUGUGAAGAUGGGGGAGAUAGARGAUGGGGAAGCAGACCAUGUCACAACAGAUGCACAGGAUCAAAAGUUCUUCUGUUUUCUGCCCUUGAAGYCCCGUCCACGUGGAUUUUUAAGUGCAACCUGUGCCCACAAUACUGAAAACCUGGACAGAGAGACAGACAGGCGAGCCAAAGAAGAGUGUGCAUUGGUUCGUGAAUGUACAGCCCCUGAAGGCAUGAGUGGUAAAGACAACUUGCCUUUGCUAAAUGCAGUGUUAAAAAACCCAAUCUGCAAGUUAUACAGAUUCCCUACUUCGGACAACAAGUGGAUGCAGAUCCGAGAGCAAAUGGCAGAGUCAGCGCUGUCUUUCCAUGUCCCCAGAGAACUCAUCAGUCUGCACAUAAAGGAGGACAUGAGAAGGAAUCAGGAACUUAAGGAGCUGGGAGAGCUUGCUCCUCACUGGGACAAUAUGCGUAAAAAUGUUAUUGCUCACUGUGAUCAGAUGAUGAGCUUGUACCAGGAUACUCUUGCAGAGCUCGGAAAGCAUACAGGUUCUUCUUUCAAAUCAAGCUGUAGCAAAGGAGAAAAAACAUUAGAAUUUAUUCCAAUAAAUCUUCACCUGCAACGAAUGCACGUGCAUAGUCCUCGCUUGAAAGAUGCCGUGUACGACGUCGUCACCGUGGGAGCGCCGGCCGCGCACUGCCAGGGAUUUAAGAACGGCGGCCUCCGGAAGCUGCUCACCAAAUUUGAGGCAGAAAGGCGAAAUACCGGGUACCAGUGUAUUUAUUAUUCACCUGAAAACACUGCCAAGGCAAAAGAAGUUCUCAGCAACAUCAAUCAUCUACAGCCUCUCAUAUCAAGCCAUGCAGACCUGCUGCUUAAUUCUGCAAGCCAGCGUUCUCCAGACAGCUUGAAGAGCUCCUUAAAGAUGCUUUCAGAAAAAACAGAGCUAUUCGUGCACGCCUUCAAGGACCAGCUGGUGCGGAGCGCCCUGCUAGCCCUCUACACGGCGCGGCCCGGCUGCGUCCUCAAGAAGCCCCUGGCAGCCCCUGACGGCGCCGAGGAGCGGGGGGACUCGCAGCGGCAGGAGCGCCCGGCCCCGCUGCGGCGACAGGACUCCAUACCCCACCACUCCGAGUACGACGAGGAGGAGUGGGACAGGGUGUGGGCCAACGUGGGCAAGAGUUUAAACUGCGUCAUUGCCAUGGUGGACAGACUGCUUGAAAAAGACAGCAGCAGCAGCAAAGCAGGUGAAAAUGCCCCUUCGCCAGCAGAUCGCCAGAUGCCGCACGAAGGCGGUGACUGGUAUGAACAACUCUACCCCCUUGUGCUUACGCUCAAGGACUGCAUGGCAGAGGUGGUGACCAGGGCGAAGCAGUCCAUGACGUUCGUCCUGCUCCAGGAACUGGCGUGCGGUCUGCCCCAGUGUCUGAUGCUGACCCUAAGGAGAGACAUCGUCUUUAGCCAAGCGCUUGCUGGAUUGGUCUGUGGCUUUAUAAUCAAGCUGCACACAGGUUUACAUGAUCAAGGCUUUUUGCAGCAGCUUCAUACCGUUGGAUUGCUUGUGCAGUAUGAAGGACUCCUCAGUACAUAUAGUGAAGAGGCAGGUAUGCUGGAAGACAUGGCUGUGGGAAUUUCAGAUUUGCAGAAAGUAAUGUUUAAAAUCAUUGAAGCUAAAUCAGAAGAUUUUUUGCCUAUUAUCACGGGAAGACGUGAACAUUAUGUUAUAGAGGUCCAGCUUCCAGCAAAGAUGUUUGAGUUGCUGCCACAAGAGAUCAAAGAGGGGAAGCUGCUUCGCAUGUAUCCAGUGCUCUUCAAUGUUGGAAUCAACGAGCAGCAAACACUUGCAGAGAGGUUUGGAGAUACCACUUUGCAGGAAAACAUUAACCAGGAAAACUUCGAACUUCUGAAAGAAUAUUACAAGCUGUUUACAGAAAAAAUGCCUCCUGAUUGCCUACCACAUUUUCAAGAACAAAAUGACUUAAAGGGAUUACUAGAAAACCUCCAUCAAAAUAUCCAGGCCAAAAAGAGAAAGAAUGUAGAAAUCAUGUGGCUGGCUGCGAUGAUUUGCCGCAAGCUGAAUGGGAUCCGUUUCACGUGCUGUAAAAGUGCCAAAGACAGGACGUCCAUGUCGGUAACGCUCGAGCAGUGCUCCAUCCUGAGGGACGAGCAUCAGCUUCACAAGGACUUCUUCAUUCGGGCGCUGGAUUGCAUGAGAAGCAGACAAACCCAGGGAGCACUGAAUGAAUCGGAUGAUCCCGAAACAGGCUGUCUAACUGAUAACAAGCCAACUUCUCGUCACUUCUAUCCUGUCGCCUUGCUGCUUGUCAGCUCACACUUGCUGGUUGUGUGGCUUAUUUUAAGUCUUGCUUUGCUAUUAGCCAAAUAUCAAUAAACUGCACUUGUGUUCCUUUUCUACAAACAGCAACAAACUCUAGAAAAAGGAAUUAUGCUGUAAUAUUUCUACAUUUUCAGACCCCAAGGAUUCACCUUUAAGAUAGAAAUGUCUGAAAUGUACAAUGCUUUCAUCAUUUUUCUGAACUCUAUUACUAUGCAUUGACUGAAAUUGAUUUGCUCUUUCUGUUCCUGGUAAAGCUUUCCCACUGUAAUUAGCUCAAAGAAAGCCCACUUAAAAUGCUGUCACUGUAUACAAGAUGAUGUAGAAUCCUGAAUGCUUGAACCCUUUUUUUCCCCCCGAGAGUAA